CUUCUGUAUCUCUCAAACGCAUCAGCGGAACCGUAGCUCACCCCAAAACGACGCCGUUGCUUCGAAUUCACACUCCCCCUCGUCCUCUUCGUAGGCUGGUAGCGUGCCUUACGCGCGAUUUUGUACGGAGCGGAAGUCCUCAGAAGGUUUUUGAAAACGAAUCACUCCAACGAGCUCAACUAUACUGUAAGCAAAUAUCUCACUCUCGGAAAGAGAGAGACGAGGAAGCCUUAACACAUCAUACACAUGAAAGAAAAGAUUCACCAAUGCCUGGUUUCAACAUCAAAUUCUUUGAAGGCUGAUCCUCCCUGGAGAUUUUUGAUACUGGUUUGUAUCAACUAGGGAUGUAUCAUGAAAAUGACUUAUGUAUCAAGCGAUGUAUCAUGAAAAGGACUUAUGUAUCAAAUCGCGAUAUAUCAGCAUGUAUCAGAAGAGAGAUUUUUAAAAUUUUUACAAAUAGGUGUGUAAUUUUAGAACUAAAAAACCUUUUGAGAUUCCGGCCUAAUUAGCAACUACUUUAAAAGGACUCACAGGUAGAAAGAAGAAUAGUUUGUGCGUAUUAUGAUCGACAAAGUUUGUAUCUCUCGUACCGCUUUCUCUCAAAACAGCGGGGCGCGCGCAAGUUAGCAGCGAUGAAUUUGACGACUCAUUCUUCUACUUUCCUCCUACCAAAUCUUCCCACCGACGACGGACCUGUUCUAACGUACGCUCUCGUUAUCCUUAACCAAAGCCUCCCUCGAUUCACUCCUCUGCUUUGGAAGCACGCACAGGUUCAUAUUUGUGCUGAUGGUGGAGCGAAUAGGGUGUUUGAUGAAUUGCCCGGCAUGUUUCCUCAUGAGGAUCCUUCUGAUAUUCGUAAGAGGUACAAGCCAUAUGCUAUUAAAGGAGAUAUGGAUUCAAUCAGAACUGACGUUCUUGAUUAUUAUAGAGGCCUGGGGACCAAGAUAGUUGAUGAAUCUCAAGAUCAAGAUACUACAGAUCUUCAUAAAUGUGUUGUAUAUAUUCGUGACUUACUAAGCCUGGAACAUCCAACUUUGUGUAUUCUAGUCACUGGAGCACUUGGGGGAAGGUUUGACCAUGAGAUGGGAAAUAUUAAUGUCAUAUGCCGUUUCCCCUCCAUGCGGAUUAUUCUUCUCUCUGAUGAUUGCCUAAUCCAACUUCUUCCAAGUACACAUCAUCACAAGAUUCACAUACAUUCCUCAGUUGAGGGUCCACAUUGCGGACUCAUACCCAUUGGAAUGGUUGCCGGAAGAACCAGUACUACGGGUCUCCAAUGGAAUCUGGAUAAUACCGAAAUGAGAUUUGGUGGCUUAGUCAGUACAUCAAAUAUUGUGAAAGAGAACACAGUAACAGUGCAAUCUGAUUCUGACCUCCUAUGGACAAUUUCUAUCAAAAAAGAGUGAAUGAUGCAGUUUGCAGAUGACAUGAAUGAGAACGAAACUUUGUUGGAUGAAUUGUGGACGCUGACCUCCUUUUUCUGCCUCCCAGAUAAAAAAGUUUACCAGAGUUUUUGAGUAACUUUGGGGUUAUUCUUUACUUCUUUUUUUUUAGGACAAGAACAUUUCUUUAGUCCAAUUUUUUGCUGGCACAAGCAGAUCUCUUUGACAUCAGAAUGCCUGCAUUGCAGUAAAGUCUUAGGGAAACAAAUGACACGGGGGCUAAGAGUGAGAGUACACUCAUAGCGGGUUAACUUUGAUCGUCAACUUCCGCUUAUGUGCCUGAUUUGCUUUACCAAUUUAGUAGCACGUUUUCUAAUGUUUUGCAUACGUUAAUUCUUUUGCCAAUGUAAUGAAAUAAGGAGGAGACAUUAAUAUUAAUUAGUAGUAUAUUAGGGAGUAUUAUUUUUACUUCCACGGUCAAAGUUAAACUUUUUGCAGUGAUACAAUAAUAUGUCUGCAGUUGGACGUUGUAAAUACGGAAGAUUGCAAAAUAAAUGAGAAAAAGGGUUCACUCCUUCAA